AUGAUGUUCUCUUGGAUUUUUCUUUUCUGGUUCCUGCAGAAUAUUGUUCCUUUUUACAACUUUAAUGAUUCUCAAUGCUAUUCAAACAGAAGAAAGUCAUGUCAUAUAGUGAUGGAAAUAAUCAGGAACAUUGCCUACCAGUAUUCUGUGUCCUUCAUAUUCGCCAUUGAGGAAAUCAACAGAAACACUCACAUUUUACCAAACACAUCUCUAGGAUUUGACAUCUACAAUGUCAACAGCAAUCGAUGGGAUACUCUGGAGGCACCUUUUCUUUGCCUCACAGGAAUGGGUAUAAUGAUUCCCAAUUACACAUGUAGAAGGCAGAAUAAUAUUGCUGCUCUACUUACAGGAGCAUCAUGGCCAACAUCUGCACAUAUUGGGAGACUGCUGAAUAUCUACAAUUUUCCACAGGUUUAUUUUGGGCCAUAUGUCACUAUCCUUAGUGACAGACACCAAUUCUCUUCUCUCUACCAGACAGCACCCAAGGACACAUCUCUGCCACAUGGCAUUGUCCUUUUGAUGCUGCAUUUCAACUGGACAUGGGUAGGACUGGUUCUCAUGGAUGACAACAAUGGGGCUGAGAUUCUCUCAGAUCUGAGAGGAGAGAUGGACAGGAACCAUGUGUGUACAGCAUUUGUAGGAAUGAUUCCAGGCAAUGUGGCUUCAUUUUUCAAUAAAAACAAAGCUAUUCCCCAGAUCAUGAAAACAACUGCAAAUGUGGUUGUCAUUUAUGGUGACAAUGAAUAUUUAAGUGGCAUAAUCUUCUGUAUAGGAUACUUUUUAAUGAAUUGGAAAGUCUGGGUCAUGAAGUCACAAUGGGAUCUGAAUUUUACUGCUGAUGUUUUCUUGUUGGAUUCAUUACACGGGAGUCUCAUUUUUACACAUCAGCAUGCUGAAUUUUCUGAUUUUAGGAAGUUUAUCCAGACAUACAACCCUUCCAAAUACCCAGAUGAUUAUUAUCUUGCUUAUCUUUGGAAACAACACUUCAAUUGCUCCUUUUCUGGCCCUGAUUGUAAAAUUCUUGGUAACUGUCCACCCAAUGUUUCCUUGGAUAUGUUGCCUAGAAAUUACUGGGAAAUGGACAUGAGUGAAGAGAGUUACAAUGUAUUCAAUUCUGUAUAUGCUGUGGCUCACAGUCUUCAUGAGAUGACCAGCAAGCAAGUGCAAAAUUAUCCCCAAGAAGAAAAUGGGGAGAUGAACAUUAACCGAUGGGAGCUUAACCACUUUCUCAAGAAUAUGAAUUUCAAAAAUCCUGCUGGAAACACUGUGGAUCUGGACCCACAAAGGAAAUUAGAUACAGAUUAUGAUAUUCUCAACCACUGGAAUUUUCCACUUGGUCUCAGACAAAAGAUGAAAAUUGGAACAUUUUCUCCGAAUGCUCCAGAGGGCCAAGAAAUAUUUUUGUCUGACCAUAUGAUUCAGUGGCCCACAGGAUUUGCAGAGCUUCCUCGCUCUGUGUGCAGUGAGAGCUGUUUUCCUGGAUUCAGAAAAUCUGCCCAGGAGGGGAGGCCUCCUUGUUGCUAUCACUGUACUCAGUGUCCACACAAUGAGAUUUCCAAUGAGACAGAUAUGGAUCAUUGUGUGAGGUGUCCAGAAAGUCAUUAUGCAAACACUGAGCAGAAUCACUGCCUCCAGAAAACAGUGACCUUUCUGGCCUAUGAAGACCCUUUGGGGAUGGCACUGACCUCCUUGGCCCUGAGCUUCUCUGCUCUCACAGCUGGUGUUCUUGGUGUCUUUGUGAAGUACCACCACACUCCCAUCGUCAAGGCAAACAAUCAGGCUCUGACUUACACCCUACUCAUCACUCUGACUUUCUGUUUCCUCUGUCCCUUGGUCUACAUUGGCCACCCCAACACAGCCACCUGUAUCCUGCAGCAGAGCACAUUUGCAGUUCUGUUCACGGUGGCUCUUUCCACAGUCUUGGCCAAAAGUGUUACUGUGGUUCUGGCUUUCAGGAUCACAGUUCCAGGGAGACUGAUAAGGUGGAUAAUGAUAUCAAGGGCUCCUAACUUCAUCAUUCCCAUCUGCACCCUCAUCCAACUUGUGCUCUGUGGAAUUUGGCUGAGCACCUCUCCUCCCUUUGUUGACUCAGAUGCUUACUCAAAUCAUGGACACAUAAUUAUUAUAUGCAACAAGGGCUCCACUAUUGCCUUCCAUUCUGUGCUGGGUUACCUCUGCUCCAUGGCACUUGGGAGCUACACUAUGGCUUACCUGUCCAGGAACCUGCCCAACACAUUCAAUGAAGCCAAGUUCAUGUCCUUCAGCAUGUUGAUUUUCCUCAGUGUGUGGGUCACCUUCCUUCCUGUCUACCACAGCACCAAGGGGAAACUUGUGGUUGCCAUGGAAGUCUUCUCUAUCUUGGUUUCUAGUGCAGGCCUCCUAGGUUGCAUCUUUGUCCCCAAGUGCUAUAUUAUUUUGUUCAGACCACAUAGGAAUAUGCUUCAUCAAGUCAGGAACAAAGCACAUUCUAGAGUAAAAGUUGAUUAUACAGUUUAG